AUGUGUAACUACACCUACCACCACUAUCCCAACUGUGGACAUAUCUCCAACUGGAGCAUCACCAGCUGUCAAGAAUACACCAACAGGCUUCGCCUGGCCAGUCCAGAGCAAAGCAUACCCUGCACCCUGAUUGAAACCUCCCACAACCUCCUCUCCUCCCCCCAACCCAGCAGGUGCAUGCAGUGUGUGAGUGAGUGGAUGGCCAGCCUCUCUGAAGACAACCACCGGCCUCAAUCAUCCAAUUCUUACCUGAAAAUUGAAGGCCUGGAUGGUACACGCCAAACUAUUGAAAUUAAAGCACGCAUGGUGAGUGAUUCCGACGGCAAUGGGGACUCAGGCAGUGCUGGCCACAGCGACAAUGGUCAGUCGAUCUGCUUGGGUGCUGUCGUUGGGGAGUCGGGUAAUGGGGACAUGGGCAGUGCUGACCACAGCGACAAUGGUCAGUCGAUCUGCCUGGGUGCUGUUGUUGGGCAAUCUGGCGAUGGGGACUCGAGCAGUGCUGGCCACAGCGACAAUGGUCAGUCGAUCUGCUUGGGUGCUGUCGUUGGGGAGUCGGGUAAUGGGGACAUGGGCAGUGCUGACCACAGCGACAAUGGUCAGUUGAUCUGCCUGUGUGCUGUUACCGAUGGAUCGGGUCCUCAUUGUGAAUGUUUGUGUCCUAAGAGCAAGACCAAGCUCUCUAAUUUUGCUCAGAUGAAUCCAGGCUCGAAGGCUGUUGCCGACGAAUUGGACUCUCCUGGGGGAUGUGUGCUCACUAAGAGCGCCCCAGUCUUCUCUGACGUUUCUCAGGUUAAUCCUGCUGUUGUCCACGAAUCGGAUUCUCGUGGAUGUCGGCGUUCGGAGAAGAAGGCGAAAUUCGCUGACUUUGCUCAGAAAAAGCCGACCAAGCCGGAGAUUACUGCUAGGAUCUAUGACUGGUCUGUAUCUGUCUCUGAGUCUAUUCCAGCCGGUUUUGGCGCUUAUGGUGGCUAUACAAAUGACAGUGCUCAAAUUGACUCGCUGAACCAUGAGACUGCAUACUCAACCUCCAGCUAUGACAGCAGCUAUGAAUCAAGCAGCUGUGGAUCACUUCACGGAUCUAAAUUGAGAGAAACCCUACUGAGACUAAGACUUGGAAACUAUAUCCAGCAGGGAGAGCAGGACCGGGAAGCGAUUGAAACUGACUAUGACAAGUACAACGCUGACACUUUCGGUAUCGACGAGAAUAUUGAUUCUGCUGAUCCAGAUAACGAGCUUCUUACCCUAGAAGAAAUGCUUCAGGAAUCGCCAGAUAGCCCCUCGGUUCAGGAUGACUUGUGUAAUCUGCCUUUUAUUGACAUUGACCAUAUGCAGCGGCGUAUUGAAGCGACCGUCCACAAGCGCAUUGAAGAAAACAACACAAAGCAAGCCCGACAAGAAGCCAUCUCCAAGUUGUUUGAUCACGCACUUCUACAGAAAGACAAGAACGAUCGACGCGAACGAAAUAUCGGAUUAGGCAUCGAAGAAGACCCGAAUCUCUGGGACACAGAGUCCAUCACCAACAUCUGGGACCCGAAGCCUACCAAUGACAUCCCCGCCGACGCGAGCACCAGUGGCAUCUCUCCAUGCACCUGCACGCCACCCAAGAGCCGACCGGACUCACGGAUCCCAGGCCCGCAACCACGGAUGCACCUCUACCAGGGCAACCUGUUCGCCGCGACCGCAGAAGACGCCCAAAAGAAAGGACUACGGGAUGUCCGGCCAUACGGUAAGCACCAAGGCGAGUGGGAAGGAUUCAUGCGUGCAUUUUCGGUCGACGACGCCAACCGAAUGGGUCUAUUGGACGCAGAGCAUGCGCGCGGGUGCUGCGACGAGCGGCCCGCCAAUUUCCACCUUUUCUACGGGCUAAUGCACGCAGCAUCAGAGCAAGAAGCCGAACGACGCUGGCUAGACGAUAUCCGGCGCGUUCCCGGCGAAGACGGCAAGUUCUACGGACUGCUCCGGGCAGACGAUCUACGACAUGCGCGGGCAAUGGGACUAACCGAGAUCCAGCACCCCUGGGGAUGUUGUAAGGACGGGGUUUUCACUAUGCCGGAUCGGGAGCGACAUGUCUACACCGGAUUCAUGGGCGCGGUCUCGCUGGAUGAGGUUACCAAGAUGGGCCUCUGUGAGGCGGAGCCGGUUCCUGGUGAGUGUGGCGAGUACUACGGGGGCAUCUAUUUCGGGUAUGUGGAGGCAUACAACGAAUCUGAUGCUUUUGAGAUGGGCCUGAUGGAGGCUGCGCAUGCUGAUGAUUGUUGUGCCAAGACCGAGGUUGGGAAUUGCUUGUCGAUCCCUGACGCGGGGCAAUACAUUUAUUACGGCUACAUGUACGCGCGCGACGAGGAGGAGGUGGUGAAUAGGGGCCUCAAGGAUGCUUUGCUCGUUCCGGGGUUCGAUAUCAAAUAUUCUGGAUAUCUCCGGGCGGGCUCUGAGGAGGAGGCCAAGGCCAUGGGGUUGUUUGAGCCCUCGCGUAUGGAGUGGAGUGGCAAUUCGCGCCUUCCUGAGGGAUUCCUGUUGGGGAGUCUUUGA